AUGGGCUUUAAGAGAAAACCUUCAACCAGCCUGUUCGACCUGAUUGAGGGCCAACCGGGGAAGGACACGCCGGGGAAGUCACAAUCUAAGCUUCCUCCUCCUCCACCCCAGCCUCAGCCUGCCCAAACCAGGUCAUCCUCCACCCCAUUACAGCCAUCAUCCCCACGAUCUAGACUUCCUCCUCCCCCCCAAUUGAUUCUGCCUCCUCAGCCUGAGCCCACCGACCCAAAAAGGAAAAAGGCUGCCAAAGGCAAGGAGCCCAUGGAUGGGGGAAAAUCUCGCCCCUCUCGGGAGGAAGAUGAAGCCCAACGAGCUUCAAAACAAUUAAAAAUUGGGCACCAUGGCCAAGAAAAAGAGGUCGCCGCCCAAUCCGCGCCCAAGGCCUGGCUUCCUGCCCCAAUGCUCCACGAGGAGCCAUUGAUGGACAACGCCUCCCUUAGGGCCUUCCAAGGGGGUGAAGGCACUUACGUGGCCGACGCAUUGGAGAGGUCUCUGCUGCUCCCCACCGAUAUGGCUGAGUUGGGGAAUCUGAGGAGGCAGGAGGUCUUCCUCAACAUUAAGAGAUACUUGGGCAUUGCUGUCCAGGCCACCUACAGGCUAAAAGAGGACACUAAGGAGCAGAGCAAGUCCCUGGAGCUCGAGCGUGACAAGCACUUGGACUCUACACGGACCCUCAAAAACUCCAAGGCCGAUCUCUUGAAAGCAAGGGAGGAGCUGAAGGAGAUGACAAGGGCCAGGGACAGCGUCGAAUCAGGCCUGGCUAGCGCUCAGAGACAGGCCGAAGACCAAACGAGGCGCUUACGCGAAGCUGAGGAUCAGUUAAAGAUUGCCAAGGAGCAGAUCAAUGAUUUAAAGAAGAAACUAUCCGAGGCAGAGGGGGCCAAGAGCGUCGCGGAGUGGGCCAGGGAUGAAGCCUUGAGGGCUAAGACAGAGGCGGAAUUCGCCAGGACGGAGGCCGAGAGCUCCAAGGAGAAAGUCAAGGAGGAGGCUUAUGACUUAGGAGUGACUAAGACCCAGGCCACUCUCAAGGCUCAAGUCCCUGAGGUAUGCAGGCUCUACUGCUCCCAGGUUUGGAAUGAAGCCCUCAAACAAGCUGGGGUUGAGGCUUCAUCCGAUCUGUGGAAGGUGGAGAAUGUAUACUACCCUCCGGCCAUCCGGGAGACUGCCCCUGUCAGCUCCGAGGCUAAGAGUGUUCCAGAGGAGGUUGAGAUUACUCGACCUAAGGCUGCUCUGGCCAUAACCACUCCUAAUGAGCCAGCCGAGGAGGGUGAGCUUCCUGGGGCGACAGAAACACAUGGAAGUUUGAAUCCUGAAGCGCCCCAAGAGGCUGCUGAGUUUACAACCGGUGCUCAAGCCCCUCAUGCCGAGGAGCCGGCUCUCUUGGUUCAGCCCCUUCAGACCGUUCCCCCAGGUGAUGUCUCCAAGGGUCCUGAGGUCACUCCUACUCAGCUUCCCAAGGAAGGGGUCAAGAUAAAGUUGAAGAAGUAA